AUGGUCUUUUGUUCUUUCUCACCCAAGGUGAACGGGCGUGACUUCUCCAAGGUUGAACAUGACGAAUCAGUGGUGGAAACCAUCAGGCGAGACCCCAUCGUUGUCCAAGUCCUCCGGCGAACCCCCACCAGAGCCACUGUUGUGCAAAGAAACACCGGUUCCGCACAGGAUGUGUGUGUGGUCGAUGUCUGCACACAAACAGACAUCACCUUUGAGCACAUCAUGGCAUUGUCCAAGCUCCGACCGGCUACCCCGCCAGUCCCAGACAUCUGUCCAUUCCUGCUCUCAGACAGCUGUCAGUCCAUCCACACCAUGGAACAUGAGUUUUAUGAAUGUCCAGAGUACCUUUCUAAUACUACAGCAGACGUCGAGAGGACUGAGGAAUAUGAGUAUGAGGAAGUGGAACUCUGUCGGCUGAACAGCCAGGACAAGCUCGGUCUGACUCUCUGCUACCGGACUGAUGAUGAGGAGGACACUGGUAUUUAUGUCAGCCAGGUGGAGCCAAACAGCAUAGCUGCUAGAGACGGACGCAUUAAGGAAGGAGAUCGCAUUUUGCAGAUAAAUGGCUUUGAAGUGCAAGACCGGGAGAAAGCUGUUGCGUUGUUGUCAAGCGAACAGGCAAAGAGCAUCACACUUCUGGUGACAAGGCCAGAGAUCCAGCUAGAGGAGGAGGCAGUGUGGCUGGAUGAUGAGCAACAACAGCUUGUUGAAGAGCUGAAGAUGGAGAUAUUAGAGGAGAGGAGGAAGCAGAUGGAACAAAGCUUUGAAAUGGCAGAUAAGCUUCAAUGUGAUGGGGACAUUACGACAGAUACAGCAACCUGUUCUUCCAACAAUCUUGACAGUGGAUUUGGGCGCAGCACAGACAGCCCUGAGCACCAACCUUUAUUGGCAAGACUCUAUAGGAGGAGUCCAGCCCAGUGUCUAAGGGAUCGAUGGCAGUCAGAACAUCAGCACAACAAGCGAGGGAAUGCUGUGUCACACGAAGCCCAGAGCACAAGAACCCAUUCAACAAGCCAAGGCAAUGAAAGUGUAGUUAGUAUUCGCAAUGGUGGAUGUGGAGUCCGAGGUUUAGAGAACUGCUUUCAACAGCUCUUAGAACUCAAGUGCCAAAUCCGUAAUGGAGGUGAAUGUGGGGUGUACUCUAUUCGACACAGUAUAGAGUGUAGUCUCACUGGACAAGGUGGACGGGAUGGAGAGAGUGAGAGUGAAGGUGGCGCAGCGAGAGGGGUAGAGCAGGAGUUAAAGAUGCUAAACGAAGAGCUUCGUAGUAUUGAAUUAGAAUGCCAGAGCAUUAUGCAAGCCCAUCAGCUACGACAGUCUCAGCAGCUUGAGCAAUCCCACUCUGCACCCUGCUCACCAGGAAUGAACUUUAAAAAUGCACACAAGCCACACGGGAGGCUGGAUGAUAUUCAUGAAUACCCAGAGAGAUCUGAAAGCGAUAGAGUUCGUGAGAAGGACAGCUCUAGCGCCUACAACACAGCAGAGAGUGCUAGGUCAACCCCACUAGGAAUGGAGAGAUCCCCUGAUCAUUCCCUGCGGAGAAAAAUAAGCAUCACCAACCAGAAAAACCUCAGACUGGCGUCUACUGCAUCAUCCAAUCCCAUUCCUAUUCCCAAGCCUCAGGGUACACAUAAUCCUUGCAGACCAGCAGAUCAAGGUCCAGUUAUCUCUAGCAGCCCUGACCAGAGCAAUCCUUCACGGUCUGAGUCAGACCCAGCACUACCAGCUGAUGAUGAAAGGUGCGACAAAAAGGGAAGGAACAGAGACUCAAGGAGAGCUCUUCCCUAUGGGGUUUCAUAUCAGACAGGCACUUAUCAUGGCCAGGGGGGAUCCAAACAACUUCAGAGCUAUAUGCAGCUGUUGCAGCAGCACUCCGCUCUAGAGUACUCGCAAAGCCAACUGAGCCUCCUCAGUGUGUGUCGAGAUCCUAUGAACCGUAACGGACGAACAGGGGAGCCUCGCCUGGAGUGGAAAGUCAAAGUUCGUGCAGAUGGGACACGUUAUGUUGCACGUAGACCUGCCCGUGACCGUAUACUGAGAGAGCGGGCACUUCGAAUCAGAGAAGAGAGGAGUGGAGGCAUGACCACAGAUGACGAUGCAAUGAGUGAGAUGAAAAUGGGCCGCUACUGGAGCAAGGAGGAGAGGAAGCAGCAUUUGGCGAGGGCCAGGGAGCAAAGAAAGAGGAGGGAAUUCAUGCAGAAAAGCCGUCUCGACUGCUUAAAGGAAGGACCAGUGAGUGGAGCUGAAGGCAGAAAGGAGAUCAAUAUCUUGGAGCUCAGUCACAAAAAAAUGAUGAAAAAGCGUAACAAAAAGAUUCUGGACAACUGGAUGACCAUCCAAGAGCUGAUGAGCCAUGGUGCAAGGGUCCCAGAGGGCUCUCAAGUUCACAAUGCCUUUCUUUCUGUCACCACUGUUUAAAAGACAUGUCAAAAACAUGCCCUUGUUUUAUAUCAGCUUGGAAAACUGUCUUUCUGUGAAAUUACUGCAAAUCAAGAAAUGUCAGUGGUGAAUAACUGUAGCAUUCCUGGAGCAGCUUUUUACCAACCGUUGAAGAAUGUUCAGAAAUGAGUACCAUAUAUUAGCCUUUUAAGCUGGACCAAACAUUUUGGUGAAGGUGGUACCUUGUAGCAAGUUGGUUUAAUCAAACAUGAUAUAAGAAUGAACCAACAAACUUUAUAUACUCCUUGUUGUGUCUCCAUUACAAUCUGCCAUCCUUGUGUUUCAUAUUUUAUGAAGCAAUUUUACUUGCCUCGUUCAAGUUGGCCUUUUAUAUUGGGAAGAUUGCAGUAUUUUUAUGCUUUGGUAUCUCAAAGAAUUUUGUAAGGAUUCUUUUUUUAUGCAGAAUGUCAAUGUAUUGUAAACGUUUAUUGCAAUUUCUUAUGUAUAUGUUUAUAAGUAAUCCGAUACUGUCAAGGAGAGACUAUUUGAUUGUACUAUAGCUUGAGCUGUAUGCCAGAGCAGCAAAAGAAGGAGAAAUCCAAAAAAGAAAAUCCCUGCUGGGGACAAUUACUGUAUGUUCUAUUUGCAUCAGAUUCAGUGUUGUCUCGUAAACAUAUAGCAGUUUACAGCACUGAAAACCUCAAUAUGUCAUCUGAAAGAGGAACUGAAGACAUGUAUUGAAAAGGUUGAAAAAAUUACCUCAUCUUAUUCCUUAAAAAGAAUCAUCAAGAAUUCGAAUCCUUUUUAAAUUAAAUCAUUGUGAAACUUUGAAGAUUAAUCUGUGUGUUUUGUUAAAAUACUAAUUAUUUUAUUUAUAAUGUUAACUGUUAAUUGUAUUUAUUGUACAUUGAUUUAAAAGUCUAAUUCUCUUGAAGUGGUUAUCUUGGGGAAAGCAACAAUUUUUAAUGCACUGGAUAAACUUUGUAUUAUAUUUUCAGCUUUUCUGGGAAAAAAUGCUUUUUUUUUACUGUAAACAAGGCCUCAAGUUCAGUAAUUGUUGAUAAUGAUGUUUGUAAAAUUGAAUAAAGAAAGCAACACAAAGCA